ACUUCUUUCUAUACUCCUCAUUCCAUACAGUCUGUCCAAUCCUGACUUCUUUCUAUACUCCUCAUUCCAUACAGUCUGUCCAAUCCUGACUUCUUUCUAUACUCCUCAUUCCAUAUAGUCUGCAUAAUCCACUCUGAGCUGUAGCCCCAAAACGUUGCCCCUCUGUAUUUGGUUGUAUGUUUUGCAAUCCUCUCAGGCCUAACUCCUAGCUUUACACUUACUGAUUCCAUCUGUCUAACCACAGGCGUCUGUAUGAAGCUGACCAGAUGAACUCUGAGCUGCAGGAGAAAAUUCAGCAACUGGAGAAACAACUGCAAGAAAAAGGAGAACGGGAAGAAGAGAGGGAGAAAGGUUAAAAACCCACUGACACAGGGACAACCCCACACUGACCCAAUAGUGACCCCCAACUCUCUAACCCAACACCCUGCUUCACCUGCGGCAGAAGCACUACCAUUUAUUUCACCCCCGACGAUGGAAAAUCUGCAACCAGAAAUGUGAAAUUACCUCUAGGACUAGACAUCUCAGUAGCUGUGCACCUUCUUACUGUCACCCAUUAGUGAUCCCUCUACACCGUCACAUGCUGCUCUUCUCACGGAUAACUAAGCCAGAUGCAUCCUGGACCGGAUACCUCAAACAGUUUUCCAGUUUCCCGUGUUCAUCCCCUUCCCGCUCUGUCACCUGUAUCAACGCCAGCGGAUUUCCCAUAACCAAUCACGCUAACUCUCUUCAACCACUGAAGCAGGUGACAUUGCUCCCCUACCAACGCCCUGUGACAAAUUACACGUGUAUCAACCGGAGCGACUCAAUCUAUAGAUGUACUGACGUACAGCAUUGAGUAUUACGCAGAUUUAAUUUGCUUACCAUCUCCUGGUGAAAACAGAUUGCAAGUUCUAUGGCAGAAGACUUACUGUUUGUAUAGGUUUUACAAUAUUUGUGAAUGCACUGCUUUAAACGACAUAUAUGUAUUAUAUAAAUAUAUAUGUGUCUUCAACAAAUACAUAUAUGUACGUGCAUAGACCAUAAUGAGUGUGUGUAUAUAUACAUAUUAUUUAUACUAUAGUGCCGGUGUUCUGUCGAGAACUCCAAUUCAUUGAGAACUCCAAUAUAAAGUCACUACCGGCAGCAGAUUACACUAAUUGCUUCCAUUGCGCAUGCGAGCGCGCACCCGAGAUUUUUAAUCUGAAAAGAGGCGGACCCUUGGGGAGAAUUGAUCAAAUUCUCCAAUAAAAGACAAGUGUGCAUGCAGAUUUUUUUAUGACGCUAAAGAAAGCCACACCCUUGAGAAGAACGUAUAUCGAGUUCUUCAAGAACAGCUGAUGCGCAUGCACGCAUUUUGUUAGAAACAUGACAGAUAACGUGUAAACACCGGGCCCAUCUGCUUCUCAUACAAUUUUAAUAAAACAUAUUGUAAAACAAUAAAAACACAGCAAGUAUCCACCGUAUUUGAUUUCUUUACAGUAAUUUCUUUUACAAGAUAUGACAAGUCCAUGGAUUUCAUCCUUACUUAUGGGAUUACGCCUCCUGUUUAGCAGGAAGUGGCAAAGAGCACCACAGCAGAGCUGUAUAUAUAGCUCCUCCCUUCCCUCCCCCUCCAGUCAUUCUCUUUGCCUGUGUUAGUGAUAGGAAGAGGUAAAGUGAGGUGUUAGUUUAGAUUCUUCAAUCAAGAAGUUUUUUCUUUUCAAAUGGUGCCAGCGAGUACUAUUUUUCUCAGGGAGAAAUAGUCAGUCUAGAACUUCCCAAGAGGAGUGGAGACAUUGUAUUUUUCGGCCCUGAUGUUGAUGAUCUUAGCAAACGUUAUCUAAGAUCCAUGCUGGUUUCCACAGAGCAGCUGAAGGUAGUGUAAAGAAAGAUCUUCAGUGUGGAGAACGGUGUCAUGCUACAAGCAGUAUUGAGGUAUGUUCAGUCUUUUGUUUCUGUGGAGACCUGAUGCAUCAGAACAGUCUGACAUGAUUCCCUAUCUGGGGAGGGGUAAUCAGUAUGCACUAUAUGUAAGGAAAUGGUGUACCUGGAAUUCCCUUUAUAUUGCUUACUAAAUAUGUAUAAUAUAUCUUUGAGCAUAUUCAGUGUGGGCUAGACGCUGGGAGCUGCGGUUUGCUUAAGGGCUGUUAUUAUUUUUUAUUACUGGCCUGAGGGAGUGCAUUGUUUUUUUAUGAUGUUACACUUUAUAUUUGCAGUGUAUGUAAGAGGGGCACAUGGUUUAUUACUUUUUUUGGAUCAACAUGUUUGUUUUCUUUGCUAUCCAUGCGGGUCUCAGUCAGGCUAGAGUUACGCACACGGUGGGCGUGGCCUAAUUUCGCGCGCUCAGACGCGCAGUAUCAUCCAUAUCGGAUAGACAGCAAGGUCCUGAGCUCCGGUGGGGCCUAAGUUAUAUUUGUCUAACGAAGAGUCUUAGGAGCUGAUCGAUCAGAGACAGUGUGUUCUGGGGGCAGGUAGACGCCGCAGCAGAGCUGUGGCGAGAUGCAGGGGCCUGAAUCACUAAAAAGUUAUUUUAUCUGUUAAAGUCGAAAUAAUUUUCUAUAUAGCAUAUCUAAGCAAAGUGGUGCAAUAUUAUUAAGCUAUUUUGGGCAUGUUUGGAAAGUUUGUAGUGCCGCAAACGUUAUUUUUGAGAUAACAGAGAAAUUGUUGCGCUUUUAUUAUUUAAAGGCGCAGUACACUUUUCAGUUCUAAAAUUUCAUCUAUGUAAUUUGGCUUAAGAGCUCAAUAUUUCAAGUAGAGAACGACUAUUACUGCUAGUGCUAGUUUGUUUAACAUGUCUGAACUUGAGGAAACUACUUGUUCUAUGUGUUUAUAUGCCAUUGUGGAACCCCCUCUUACUUUUUGUCCCUCAUGUACUGAAAGGGCCUUACAAUGUAAAGAGCAGAUCUUCUUUAAGGAAAGUGUGCCUAAGGAUGAUUCUCAGUCUGAUGAGAAUCAGGGUAUGCCGCUAAUUUCUCCCCAAGCGUCACAACCUUUAACGCCCACCCAAGCGACGCCGGGUUCUUCAACCGCGUCUACUUCAUUUACUCUGCAGGAUAUGGCUGCAGUUAUGUUAACUACCAUUACAGAGGUUUUAUCGAAGUUGCCAGUGUUACAGGACAAAUGCAGCAGGACAGAAGUCAAUGUGAAUACUGAGUCAUCUGAUGCUUUGUUGGCUAUUUCCGAUGUACCCUCACAGGGAUCUGAUUUGGGGGUCAGGGAACUUCUGUCUGAGGGGGAACUUUCCAAUUCAGGAAGUGUGUUACCUCAGACGGACUCGGACAUUAUGUCCUUUAGAUUUAAGCUUGAACACCUCCGCCUGUUACUUCUGGUGGUUUUAGCGACUCUGGAUGACUGUGACUCUAUUGUGGUACCACCAGAGAAAUUGUGUAAGAUGGACAAAUACUUAGAGGUGCCUGCUUACUCUGAUGUUUUUCCAGUUCCUAAGAGAAUCUCGUAAAUUAUUACACGGGAAUGGGAAAGACCGGGUAUCCCGUUCUCACCUUCUCCUAAUUUUAAGAAAAUGUAUCCCAUAUCUGACACUAUACGGGACUCUUGGCAAACAGUCCCUAAGGUGGAGGGACCUAUAUCUACCCUGGCUAAGCGUACAACUAUUCCUAUUGAGGACAGUUGUGCUUUCAAAGACCCCAUGGAUAAGAAAUUGGAGGGUCUUCUAAAGAAGUUAUUUAUUCAUCAGGGUUUUCUUUUACAACCGACAGCCUGCAUUGUACCAGUUACCACUGCGGCGGCUUUCUGGUUUGACGCCUUAGAAGAGUCUCUUAAGACUGAGACUCCUUUAGAGGAAAUUCUAGAUAUAAUUAAGGCUCUUAAGCUGGCUAAUUCUUUUAUUACGGACGCCGCCUUUCAGAUUGCCAAGUUGGCGGCUAAGAAUGCCGGAUUUGCCAUUUUAGCGCAUAGAGCGUUAUGGUUAAAGUCUUGGUCUGCUGAUGUGUCAUCUAAGUCAAAGCUUUUGGCUAUUCCUUUCAAAGGGAAAACCCUAUUCGGGCCUGACUUGAAAGAAAUCAUUUCUGACAUUACGGGAGGUAAGGGUCAUCUCCUACCUCAGGAUAAAGCAGCUAAAAUGAGGGGUAAACAAAAUAAUUUUUGUUCCUUUCGGAACUUCAAAGGAGUCCCCGCUUCUUCUUCCGCUAAACAGGAAGGGAAUUUUGUGCAAGCCAAGACUGUCUGGAGACCCAACCAGGCUUGGAACAAAGGUAAAAAACCCAAGAAGCCCACUGCUGCUCCCAAGACAGCAUGAAGGGACGGCCCCGAUCCGGGACCGGAUCUAGUAGGGGGCAGACUUUCUCUCUUUGCCCAGACUUGGGUAAGAGAUGUUCAGGACCCCUGGACACUGGAAAUCGUGUCCCAAGGGUAUCAACUGGAAUUCAAAAAUUCUCUCCCAAGGGGGAGGUUUCUUCUUUCACGAUUGUCUGUAGACCAGAUAAAAAGAGAGGCGUUCUUACGUUGUGUAAAAGACCUCUCUACUGUGGGAGUAAUUCAUCCCGUUCCAAUACUGGAACAGGGGCAGGGGUUUUACUCAAUUCUUUUCGUGGUUGCCAAAAAAGAGGGAACUUUCAGACCCAUUUUAGAUCUCAAGAGUCUAAACAAGUUUCUCAGAGUCCCAUCCUUCAAGAUGGAGACUAUUCGAACAAUUCUACCGUUGAUCCAGGAGGGUCAAUAUAUGACUACCGUGGACUUGAAGGAUGCAUACCUUCAUAUUCCUAUCCACAAGGAUCAUCAUCAGUUCCUAAGGUUUGCCUUCCUGGACAAACAUUUUCAGUUUGUGGCUCUUCCCUUCGGGUUGGCCACAGCACCCAGGAUCUUCACGAAGGUUCUAGGGUCCCUUCUGGCGGUUCUCAGGCCGCGGGGUAUUGCAGUAGCGCCUUAUCUAGACGAUAUUCUGAUCCAGGCGUCGUCUUACCAUCUGACAAAGUCUCAUACAGACAUGGUUCUGUCCUUUCUGAGGAAGGUGAAUCUAGAAAAGAGUUCACUAAUUCCACAGACAAGGGUUCCCUUCUUGGGAACUCUGAUAGAUUCCAUAUCCAUGAAAAUUUUCUUGACAGAGGUCAGAAAGUUAAAGAUUCUGAAUACAUGCCGAACCCUUCAGUCCAAUCCUCGGCCAUCAGUGGCUCAGUGCAUGGAGGUAAUAGGAUUGAUGGUGGCGGCAAUGGACAUCAUUCCAUUUGCUCGUUUUCAUCUCAGACUGCUACAACUGAGCAUGCUCAGGCAGUGGAAUGGAGAUUAUGUAAAUUUGUCUCCUCAGAUAGAUCUGGAUCAGGAGACACAAGAGACUCUCUUCUUUGAUGGUUGUCGUCGGAUCAUCUGUCCCAAGGGACGUGCUUCCGCAGACCCUCAUGGGUGAUAGUGACAAUGGACGCCAGUCUGGAAUUUCCUGAAGGCUCAGGGUGUGUGGACUCGGUCAGAGUCUCUUCUUCCAAUCAAUAUUCUGGAAUUGUGAGCAAUAUUCAAUGCGCUUCAGGCUUGGCCUCAGUUGGCUUCGGCCAAAUUAAUCCGUUUUCAGUCGGACAACAUCACGACUGUGGCUUACAUCAAUCAUCAGGGAGGAACAAGAAGUUCCUUAGCGAUGACAGAAGUAUCCAAGAUAAUUUGGUGGGCGGAGGCUCACUCUUGUUAUCUGUCAGCAAUCUACAUCCCAGGAGUGGACAACUGGGAAGCGGACUUUUUAAGCAGACAAACGCUUCAUCCGGGGGAGUGGGAACUCCAUCCGGAGGUCUUUGCCACCCUGAUUCUCAGAUGGGGCAGACCGGAAUUGGAUCUGAUGGCGUCUCGUCAGAAUGCCAAGCUCCCAAGAUACGGAUCCAGGUCAAGGGAUCCUCAGGCCAAACUGAUAGAUGCCUUGGUCGUUCAACCUAGCUUAUGUGUUUCCACCGUUUGCUCUCCUUCCCUGGGUGAUUGCUCGGAUCAAACAGGAGAGGGCUUCAGUAAUUCUAAUCAUGCCUGCGUGGCCUCGCAGAACUUCGUAUGCCGAUCUAGUGGACAUGUCCUCUAUGCCGCCAUGGAAGCUUCCAUUGAGGCAGGACCUUCUCAUUUAGGGACCCUUCCAACACCCAAAUCUAGUUUCUCUGCAACUGACUGGUUGGAGAUUGAACGCUUGAUUUUAUCUAAGCGGGGGUUCUCUGAUUCGGUCAUUGAUACCUUGAUUCAGGCGUAAGCCUGUUAUUAGAAAGAUCUACCAUAAGAUAUGGUGUAAAUAUCUUUAUUGGUGCGAAUCUAAGGGAUACUCAUGGAGUAAUUAUGAUUCCCAGGAUUCUGUCUUUUCUCCAAGAAGGAUUGGAGAAAGGGUUAUCAGCAAGUUCCUUAAGGGGACAAAUCUCUGCUUUGUCAAUUUUACUGCACAAACGUGUGGCAGAUGCCCCAGACGUUCAGUCUUUUUGUCAGGCUCUAACCAGAAUUAAGCCUGUGUUUAGACUAAUUGCUCCAACCUGGAGUUUGAAUUUAGUUCUUAAUGUUCUUCAAGGGGUUCUGUUUGAACCCAUGCAUUCCAUAGAUAUUAAGUUGUUAUUUUGGAAAGUUUUAUUUUUGGUUGCUAUUUCUUCUGCUCAUAGAGUUUCUGAGCUUUCAGCCUUACAAUGUGACUCGCCUUAUCUUUCAUUCUGAUAAGGUGGUUUUACGUACCAAACCUGGUUUCCUUCCUAAGGUUGUUUCUAAUAAGACUAUUAAUCAGGAAAUUAUUGUUCCUUCAUUAUGUCCUAAUCCUUCUUCUAAGAAGGAGCGUCUGUUGCAUAACUUGGACGUGGUCCGUGCCCUGAAGUUUUACUUACAGGUGACUAAGGAAUUUCGUCAAUCAUCUUCAUUAUUUAUUGUUUUUUCUGGAAAGCGUAGGGGCCAGAAAGCUACGGCUACCUCUCUUUCUUUUGGGCUAAAGAGUAUCAUCCAUCUGGCAUAUGAGACUGCUGGACAGCAGCCUCCUGAAAGAAUUACGGCUCAUUCUACUAGGGCUGUGGCUUCCUCAUGGGCAUUUAAAAACGAUGCUUCUGUUGAACAGAUUUGCAAGGCUGCAACUUGGUCGUCUCUUCAUACUUUUUCCAAAUUUUACAAAUUUGAUACUUUUGCUUCUUCUGAGGCUGGUUUUGGGAGAAAGGUUCUUCAAGCAGUGGUGCCUUCCGUUUAGGUUCCUGUCUUUUCCCUCCCUUUCAUCCGUGUCCUGUUGCUUUGGUAUUGUAUCCCACAAGUAAAGAUGAAAUCCUGAACUCGUCAUAUCUUUUAAAAGAAAAGGAAAUUUAUGCUUACCUGAUAAAUUUAUUUCUUUUACGAUAUGACGAGUCCACGGCCCACCCUGUCAUUUCUAAGACAGGUAUUUAUUUUUGUUAAACUUUAGUCACCUCAGCACCUUUGGCUUUUCCUAACUUCGGUUGAAUGACUGGAGGGGGAGGGAAGGGAGGAGCUGUGGUGCUCUUUGCCACUUCCUGCUAAACAGGAGGCGUAAUCCCAUAAGUAAGGAUGAAAUCCGUGGACUCGUCAUAUCGUAAAAGAAAUAAAUUUAUCAGGUAAGCAUAAAUUUCCUUUUUGUGUAAUUUGAGUAAAAUUAGCUCAAAACAUGGACGUUUGCAAAAACGGAGUAGCUUAGAGAAAUAAAAAAUAAUUGAUAAUAAAUAUUGUGAGUGCUCAGCGGUUUCGCAGCUAAAUAUUGUAACAAGCGAAAAGUAGUCAACUCGGCCUGAGGGUAAAGCUUGUGAGAAGCAGAUGGGCCCGGUGUUUACACGUUAUCUGUCAUGCUUCUAAGAAAAUGCGCGCAUGCGCACCAGCUGUUCUUGAAGUACUCGAUACGUUCUU